AUGCUAGUCACAAGUACAAUAUCUAACCAGGACGAUCUCGCUGUGGACAUUCUCGCAAAUCAGCCGUUACUGAACAUCUACACCCAAAUAUGCCUCUGUUAUCCUGUGGCGGAUGCUUCCCCUUACCCAGCAAUCAUUGACACAUUGACAAGGGGUCUUGAACGACUAUCUGCAAGCUUUCCCUGGGUGGCCGGCCAAGUCGUUAAUGAGGGUGCAAGUGAAGGCAACACAGGCGUUUUCAAGAUCAAGCUGUUGGAUACAGCUCCUUGCCUGGUUGUUAAAGAUCUGAGAGGUGACCCUUCAAUACCAACAAUGGGUGUUCUUCGGCAGGCUAGCUUCCCCAGCAGCAUGCUGGACGAGAGAGUUGUUGCCCCCCGCAUGACCAUCCCGCUCCCUAGUGAGCCUAACGACUGGGACCCGGUCUUGAUCGUGCAAGCGACUUUCAUUACUGGCGGUCUGUUGCUGACUUUUGUCGGCCACCAUAUGACAAUGGACAUGACAGGCCAGGGGCAUCUUAUGCGGUUGCUGUCAAAAGCCUGCCGCAAUGAGCCAUUUUCCGAGCAGGAACUUUCGUCCGGCAAUCUUGCCAGACACAGUCUUAUUCCUUUGCUGGAUGACUCUUACCAGCCAGGUCCCGAGGUUGCGCGACAGAUUCUGAAGCCUCUCCCAGCUCAGGCUGCUUGCAGGGACACCUCGGACGAGAGAGGACCUCCUCCACCUGUAUGCACUUGGGCAUUAUUCAAUUUCUCACCUAGCGAUCUCGCCGAUUUGAAGUCCGUUUGUACAAAGACCGCCACCUCAGGCUUCGUCUCAACAGACGACGCCCUUUGUGCCUUCAUCUGGCAGGCUGUUGUCCGCGCGCGUCUUCCACGCCUAGACUCAACAGCCGAAUUGACAUUCGGCCGCGCCGUCGAUGUACGCAGCUAUUUGGAUGUGCCAAAGACAUACCCAGGCUUGUUUCAAAAUAUGACGUACAACAGCUUCACGGUUCAGAAACUCGUCGAGGAGCCAUUGGGUGUGAUCGCAUCUCGGCUCCGGUCUUCUUUGGAUCCUGAAGCUUUGGCAUAUCACACUCGCGCCCUGGCGACCUGUUUCGCUCGAACCCCUGAUAAGAGCGUUUUCUCAUUUGGGGCGUCGAUUGACCCGUCAAGGGAUCUGAUGCUUAGUUCCUGGGCUAAGAUCAAUUGCUACGAGUUUGAUUUCAAUCUUGGACUGGGCACUCCUGAGUGUGUACGCAGACCACGGUUCUUGCCUGUUGAAGGCUUGAUGUAUCUUCUGCCAAAGGCGUUGGAUGGUGAGAUUGCUCUCAUGGCAUGUCUUAGGGAUGAGGAUUUGGAGAGGCUGAAGGAGGAUAAGGAGUUUGCUAGGUAUGGGAAAUAUAUUGGGUAG